AAGCUUUAUUUGUUGCACUCAGUUGAACUUUAAAUUAAGAUUAUAUAGAUUCUAAGAAUUUUCUCUAAAAACCUACUAUUUAUUGUACAAAAAUUUAGUUUUUUAUCAUUAGUACACAGAGUACUAUAUAUAUAUAUUUUGUAGUAAAUUAUUAAAUAGGAUGUUUAUACGUUGGAAUAUUUUGUUGGCCCUGAAAAGGGCCGAUUGUUUAAAUUGUCAAAUGAGCAUCGUUUCCAAUUUACUUGGAGCUGGUGUACUUGGUGACGGCUUUGGUGCCUUCACUGACAGCGUGCUUGGCCAGUUCACCGGGGAGCAGGAGCCGAACGGCCGUCUGAAUCUCCCGGGAGGUGAUUGUCGAUCUCUUGUUGUAAUGGGCCAGACGCGAAGCCUCGGCGGCGAUGCGCUCGAAGAUGUCGUUUACAAAGCUGUUCAUGAUACUCAUGGCCUUGCUGGAGACUCCGGUGUCGGGAUGGACCUGCUUCAGCACCUUGUAGAUGUAGAUGGCGUAGCUCUCCUUCCUCCUCUUCUUGUGCUUCUUCUUGUCACCCUUGGUGAUGUUUUUAACGGCCUUGCCGGCUUUCUUGACUGCCUUUCCGCUUGCUUUAGGAGCCAUGGCGACAAUGGUAUUCGGUGUACGGACGUAGACUGAAUGGUGUCGGGACACGUAUGUCGGCGCUCUUUUAUUUGGGCCGCCGCAGCUGCGCCGAUCCGUUCAUCUGUCGCGCUCCCCCUCUACUCCGCGAACGAGCACAAUGGCUGGCUCGGCGCAGGGCCACCGGAGAGCAUAAAACAGUAGCUCCUGCCUGCAAGAGUCAACAGAUACACGAGCUUCGUCUGCUUAGCAAGUUGUACCUUAUUCUCCCUAUAACUCAUCAUGUCUGGACGCGGCAAAGGUGGUGGCAAAAUCAAGGGCAAGUCAAAGACCCGCUCCAACAGGGCUGGACUCCAGUUCCCCGUCGGACGUAUCCAUCGUCUGCUGAGGAAGGGCAACUAUGCCGAGCGAGUGGGCGCCGGUGCUCCGGUCUACCUGGCCGCCGUCAUGGAGUACUUGGCCGCUGAGGUCCUCGAGUUGGCUGGCAACGCCGCUCGCGACAACAAGAAGACGAGAAUCAUUCCUCGUCACCUCCAGUUGGCCAUCCGCAACGACGAAGAGCUGAACAAACUUCUUUCCGGAGUCACCAUUGCCCAGGGUGGUGUCUUGCCUAAUAUCCAGGCUGUUCUUCUCCCAAAGAAGACCGAAACAAAGAAAAGCAAUUCUCAAGAAUAUUAGAAUUGUUGAAAAAUAAUUCUACACAUGUUACACAACCGGCCCUUUUCAGGGCCAUCAAAUUUUUUUCAAACGUAAAGCAACUACUUAAUAAUUCAUCGAUUUGAUAAUUAAUAUUAAUUAAUUUGCGCAAUAUUCCCAUCCUUAAAAUCAAAAAUACCUUGACCAUCACCAUACUUAUAUGAAAAUAACAUUGCACAAUACACCAACGAUGUAAUAAGUACAUAACGAUCAACAAAUGUAAAACAAUAUCAAAACUAUAUACUAUAAUUAACAAGAAUAUCAACAGUUUAUCCAAAAAUAAUAAAGAUUUCGCAAUUCUGGCAUCAUGUAAAUGUUAUCAAUAAUAUUUAAAAUUUGAAUAUUGUAUUUAAAUAACCGAUAAA